AUGGCAAACGAAGGCUACCGUGGUACCCCCCGGUGCCGCCACUGGACCGUGUCGCUCCUGCUGUUCGUGACGGUAACGGUCGUGCUGCUGGUGACGCUCGUCGUGACGCUGCACUCCGGCAAGGUGGGCGCAUCGGAGAGUGGGCUCCCGGCCGACCCGGAUUGCAUAGUCGGCUUCGAUCGGGGGCUUGCCAUGGGAGCGCGCCGGCAAACGUUCACCGGAAAGUCAUACUGCGCCUACGAGGGCAUACCGUACGUGGAGGCACCGGUCGGGCAGCUACGGUUCGAGGAUCCCCAGCCGUACCGCUUCGAGGGGGCUCGGUUCUUUCGGAACGUUUCGAAGGCGUGCCCGCAGGCCUGGCCCAUGGUCAUCGGGACGAUUGAGACGGCCGAGGACUGCCUGUACCUGAACGUGUACACCGGCGUCGGGGGUGACGGCAACCCCAAGAGACCGGUUAUGCUGUGGAUCCAUGGCGGAUCGUUCGUGGUGGGUUCGUCGGAGACGGACAUUUUCGGACCAGAGUUUUUGGUCGAUAAGGGCAUCACCGUUGUAACGUUCAACUAUCGGCUGGCUGCGCUCGGCUUCGUCUCCCUUCCGGACCUCGAUAUCAACGCGAACCUGGGUCUGCUAGAUCAGCUGGAAGCCUUCCGAUGGACGGCUCGCUACAUCACGAACUUCGGGGGCGAUCCGACCAGGGUGACCCUGUGCGGCUGGAGUGCCGGCGCAGCCUCCGUCACCUACCACCUCUACUCGCCGGCCGCCAAGGGCCUGUUCCACAAUGCGAUCAUCAUGAGCGGCAGCAUGACGCAACCGUGGGGUUAUGACUACGAUCCGGACCGGUGUGGGCGCGAGUACCUUCGCGAGACCGAUGCAACCAGCAAGGAGCAGCUCCAGUCGCGCCCGCUGGAGCGGGUGAAGGGUCCGGACACCAGAGGUAUUUACGUACACUUCUUCGCCCUCUACUACCUCUGUUUCAUGCCGAGCGAUGACAGCCAGCGACCGGAAGCGGAGCUACGAUUCGUUGGGCGGAAUCCGUACGAACGGGUACGCAUCGAGCCGCCGGUCAGCGACGUUCCGCUGCUCAUUGGGUACACCACGCUGGAGCAUGCCAAUCUGCAGCACAUACGGGACUUCGCUUCGACCACACUGAACUUCCCGAACGCCAACGAAACCGUUUACCGGCUGGUGGAGGAGUUCCUGGACCGGCAGGCGCAGGCUGCAGCAGGCAACGGGUCUUCCGAACGUGAGUUCUACCACGAGCUCGCCUCGGUUGCGGACAUUACCUACGGGAUACAGUACUUCAUCCGGCACGCCUCGACGCACCUCCGGGCCCCGCUCUACCGGUAUCUGUUUGCUUACGAUGGUGCGUUCGGGUACGCGAGGAACUGCUACUACCGGAACCAGAUAGCGCGCCCGUCAAUGUCUGGGCCGAUGCACGGCGAUGAGCUGGGCUAUCUCUUCACACCGUACGUGUACCGACCGGGGCGGCCGGAUACCGAGGGAUGCCCUGUUGGCAGCGGGAAGGAACGCUAUCGCUCGGAACGACGGGUGCAGCGUCAGAUGUUGCGGCUUUGGUCGAACUUUAUCAAACACGGGAAUCCAACGCCAGAAGCGGGCCACGCGGGGGGAAAAGCAAACCGCGGGCAGCAGAUUCGUUGGCAUCCUUACAACGAUCCAUCGCCUGAUAGGGCCCGCCACUACCUUCGUAUCGACCAGCGACUCGAGCUGGUGCCGGAAGCGGAUGCUGCCAACCCUUACCAUCAGCUGUGGGCGCAGGUGGAAGGAUGCCUGUACAGGUUCGAGUGCGAUUUCUUGACUGCCAGCGAAUCUUCCCUCGACGAACAGCCACCAUCGCCAAUGGAAGACGAUUGA